AUGACGAACGAACAUGCUUGGUGCUCUGAUGAGAGAAUUGCCCAACUCUCCAAUGUUGAAUACGGAAGUGAAUUUGCUCUUAAAGUUGCAAAAGCUUUGGUUUCCGGAAAGAACAUUGUUAAUAAUCAUCGUGAUUAUUGUGGAUUGGCGUUGUUUUAUGAAAAUUCGGAAUAUGUAUUGGCUUAUUGUAAUGAUGGAUGUGAUUUUGAUCCGAUUGAAAAGUUUGCUAGUGAGGAAGCUUUUGUUGAAUUUUUAGCUAAACAAUCUGAUUUUACGUUGAGUGGAGCUGAUAAGAAUAGCAAGCUUUAUGAAGAAUCAACAUUUGCUAGAAAUAAUCAGAGAAUUAAUAGGGCUUGUUUGGCUUCCUUGUUGUGA